ACGGCCGCGCCCCGGGCACGCUCGGCGGCGCCCAACGAUGACCGCUCCCUGGCGGCGCCUCCGGAGUCUGGUUUGGGAAUACUGGGCCGGGCUCCUCGUGUGCGCCUUCUGGAUCCCAGACUCGCGCGGGAUGCCCCACGUCAUUCGGAUCGGAGGAAUCUUUGAGUAUGCUGACGGCCCCAACGCCCAGGUCAUGAACGCGGAAGAGCAUGCUUUUCGAUUUUCUGCCAACAUCAUCAACAGGAACAGAACUCUGCUGCCCAACACAACCUUGACUUACGACAUCCAGAGGAUUCACUUCCAUGACAGCUUCGAGGCCACCAAAAAGGCCUGUGACCAGCUGGCGCUGGGUGUGGUAGCCAUCUUCGGACCAUCCCAGGGCUCCUGCACCAACGCUGUCCAGUCUAUCUGCAAUGCCCUGGAGGUGCCCCACAUCCAGCUGCGUUGGAAGCACCACCCGCUAGACAACAAGGACACGUUCUACGUGAACCUCUACCCUGACUACGCCUCGCUCAGCCACGCUAUUCUCGACCUGGUCCAGUCCCUCAAGUGGCGAUCAGCCACCGUGGUCUAUGACGACAGUACAGGGCUCAUCCGGCUGCAGGAGCUCAUCAUGGCACCUUCGAGGUACAAUAUCCGCCUGAAGAUCCGCCAGCUCCCCAUCGACUCUGAUGACUCUCGGCCCCUGCUCAAGGAGAUGAAGCGGGGCCGGGAGUUCCGCAUCAUCUUCGACUGCAGCCACACCAUGGCGGCCCAGAUCCUCAAGCAGGCCAUGGCCAUGGGCAUGAUGACCGAGUACUACCAUUUCAUCUUCACCACUCUGGAUCUCUACGCACUUGACCUGGAGCCCUACCGCUACUCGGGGGUGAACCUGACCGGGUUCCGCAUCCUCAAUGUAGACAACCCUCACGUCUCAGCCAUUGUGGAAAAGUGGUCCAUGGAGAGGCUUCAGGCAGCUCCCCGAGCAGAAUCUGGCCUGUUGGAUGGAGUGAUGAUGACCGACGCCGCCCUGCUGUACGACGCGGUGCACAUCGUGUCCGUGUGCUACCAGCGAGCCCCGCAGAUGACGGUGAACUCCCUGCAGUGCCAUCGACACAAGGCCUGGCGCUUCGGCGGCCGCUUCAUGAACUUCAUCAAGGAGGCUCAAUGGGAAGGAUUAACCGGACGGAUUGUUUUCAACAAAACCAGUGGCUUGAGGACUGAUUUUGAUCUGGACAUCAUCAGCCUGAAGGAGGAUGGCCUGGAGAAGGUUGGGGUGUGGAGUCCCGCCGAUGGUCUCAAUAUCACCGAGGUUGCCAAAGGUCGAGGGCCUAACGUCACCGACUCUCUGACAAACAGGUCGCUCAUUGUCACCACAGUACUGGAGGAGCCCUUUGUCAUGUUCCGCAAAUCCGACAGAACCCUGUACGGCAACGACCGGUUCGAGGGUUACUGCGUCGACCUGCUCAAGGAGCUGGCGCACAUCUUGGGCUUCUCCUAUGAGAUCCGGCUGGUGGAGGACGGCAAGUACGGAGCACAGGACGACAAGGGCCAGUGGAACGGCAUGGUCAAGGAGCUCAUUGACCACAAGGCAGACCUGGCCGUGGCUCCCCUGACUAUCACCCAUGUGCGCGAGAAGGCCAUUGACUUCUCUAAGCCCUUCAUGACACUCGGCGUGAGCAUUCUGUAUCGCAAGCCCAAUGGCACCAACCCCAGCGUCUUCUCCUUCCUCAACCCACUUUCCCCGGACAUCUGGAUGUACGUGCUCCUUGCCUACCUGGGGGUCAGCUGUGUCCUCUUCGUCAUCGCCAGGUUCAGCCCUUAUGAGUGGUAUGAUGCCCAACCCUGCAACCCUGGCUCCGAGGUGGUGGAGAACAACUUCACUCUGUUCAAUAGCUUCUGGUUCGGAAUGGGGUCCCUGAUGCAGCAAGGGUCUGAACUCAUGCCCAAAGCCCUGUCCACACGCAUCAUUGGUGGCAUCUGGUGGUUUUUCACGCUCAUCAUCAUCUCCUCCUACACGGCCAACCUGGCUGCCUUUCUGACCGUGGAACGCAUGGAGUCCCCCAUUGAUUCUGCCGAUGACCUGGCCAAGCAGACCAAAAUCGAAUACGGUGCUGUCAAGGAUGGAGCCACCAUGACCUUCUUCAAGAAAUCCAAGAUCUCUACCUUUGAGAAGAUGUGGGCCUUCAUGAGCAGUAAGCCCUCGGCGCUGGUGAAAAACAAUGAGGAGGGCAUCCAGCGGACACUCACGGCCGACUAUGCGCUGCUCAUGGAGUCCACCACCAUCGAGUACGUCACACAAAGAAACUGCAACCUUACCCAGAUUGGGGGCCUCAUCGACUCCAAGGGCUAUGGCAUCGGCACGCCCAUGGGCUCCCCCUACCGGGACAAGAUCACCAUCGCCAUCCUACAGCUUCAGGAGGAAGACAAAUUGCACAUCAUGAAGGAAAAGUGGUGGCGGGGCAGUGGGUGUCCAGAGGAGGAGAACAAAGAGGCCAGCGCUCUGGGCAUCCAGAAGAUAGGGGGCAUCUUCAUCGUCCUGGCCGCUGGCCUGGUCCUGUCCGUGCUGGUGGCUGUGGGCGAGUUUGUGUACAAGCUCCGCAAAACGGCAGAGCGGGAGCAGCGCUCUUUCUGCAGCACCGUGGCCGACGAGAUCCGCUUCUCCCUCACCUGCCAGCGUCGUCUCAAGCACAAGCCACAGCCCCCCGUGAUGGUCAAGACUGACGCUGUCAUCAACAUGCACACCUUCAACGACCGCAGACUUCCGGGCAAGGACAGUAUGACCUGCAGCGCCCCGCUAGCCCCGGUCUUCCCCUAGGCAUGGGGGUGCAGCCGGGACGGCAGCCUGGCCCACGCAGAGGGAAGCCAAGGAGACCCGCGGGGACAUCCCAUCCCAUACUGGCCUUGGGGACAGAGCCGCUGUCUGCAUUGAGCCAUGAGCCCUCAGCCCUUACCUAUCAGGAAACCAGCAGGCCCCAGACCAGCUACUUGGGCUCCACCUUUUGUCUCUUCAAUGGCUUCUAAAUCUGCCAAGGCCAGAGGAAGCACAAACCUCUUUCAGGCUCGACUCCCUGGCUCCGUCCUCUCUUCCAGAGUGAGGCAUUGCUGUCACAGCCCUGCAGAGGCCAUGGAAAACAGCAGGUUGCUCUGAGAGUCCCCUCCUUUCCUGAGAGCCCAGACAUCCUAGCACACAAGCCAUGAGAGCAGAGUCCAACCUUGGGCACCUUAAAGAUGCUAUAAUGAGGCUGCCAAUGGGAGCCCAAGGAUGGCCAUCCCCUGUGGCUGGGCAGAAGAGAAGCUCCAGCCCUCAGGGGCUGUAGAUCUGGUCUUCUCAACUGGGCUUCGUUGGCAGUGGCCCCUUGGUGAAGCAGAAGGCUGCAUGGAAAGGAGUUUGGGAAUGAGAGAGAAGAGAAUUCACGGUGGAGGCCGCCACCUUGGAUUUGUAUGGACAGUGACUCCAUGGCUGUCACUCUUCUAGAAGGUGUCUGGGAAUCUAAAUGAGGUAGUAGCCACAGCAACUUCUUAACUUCUGGUGAGAGGAGAGAAGAGCCCCUAAAUCCUUCACAAAGGAUGUCCAAAGACCUGGCUGAUAUCAGAAGCCCAGCAGAAGAAAUAUGGCUUCCCCAAACAUCCCAUGGACCCUUGAGCCGACGGCUCUAUGAUGCUAUUUUCUGAACCUCAUUGGUAUUUGGAAACCUGAGCUCUCUGCCAUCUACUCAUCAGCAGAUCCCACCUCUGCCUAGUUGAACUUGGCCUCCUCUGUCACCUUGGAAAGAGAAGAGCUGCCUCGACUGAAGUUUAAGUCAAGUCACCCCUUCCCUCCACAGAGGGAUCCAUGCACGGGCACGCAGACUAACUUCAGGUUGGAUGGGGAAAUCCAAAGGAGGCCCAAAGAACCCCCAGGUAGCUAAAUCGAAAGAUGAGCCCCAGAAAAAGGAAGGGUUUCAGGGUAGGGCAUCAGAGCUACAGAGGCUCCCAGGGGAGGGAGAGAGCUGCUUCCUGGAGAAUUAACCAAAGACCCAGCACAGAGACGCAAGGCCAUGCUGACCCCUGGUCUCUUGUCUGGAGCAGCUGUGGCCAUGGUGGGGCUCAGAAGAGACUACAGAGAAGUGGCAGCCAGCGCAGGGUCAGCAGGCCUGUGGCCCACAUGGUCUCUGGGCUCCAGCUUACUUUGACGGAUGCUCUAGAGGUCGGAAACUGUAAGGGGCCUGGAAAAGAAUGAGACAUGAAGCAUUAGGCACAAAGUGUCCUUACAGAGAGUGAGAUGGGGCCAUAGGCCUCUUGUGGCUAAGGAUAGAGGCUAGGCUCAGAGCAGGAGGCAGGGCUGGGGAUUGUGGAUUGAGAGCCACUCCUGCCGGUGUCGCCAGCAGCUUGGAUCGGGAUAGGCUUCCCAUGGACGUCAAAGGCCUUCUCAGCAGAAGUGAAGGGUUUUCUCCCUCAAAGCAGGAGAUGAGCCUGUCCCUCCCCCAGACUGAGCGGCAGGAUCCCGAAUCCCAGCACCUCUGGCUGGCUGUCUCCGCGGGAGGAGGGAGAAGAAGGCUAGACAUACAGCAAGCAAAAUGAAUGGAAUGAUAGGAAAAGCCAUGCUGGCGGGAGGUAGGGCUCUGUGUGCACGCACAUGUGUGUGUUUGUAUGUGUGAGUUUCAGGGACUGGAGGUGAAGGACAGAUAUGGGCAUCUAACAUAGUCCAGAGUCUAUACUAACAGGGUCCUCCUUUGGGACCUUGUGUGCGUGUGCGUGUGUGUGCGUGUGUGUGUGUGUGUGUGUGUACAUGAGUGAUUGGGUAGGAGGAGGUAAACCAAGACCAGAAACAGAGCCCCGUUUGUAUAAAAACAGGAGAAGCCAUGUCAUGAUGGGGUUCUGGUGAGAAUAUGAAUGGAUGCACACGUGCGUGCAUGUGUGUGUGUGUGCAUCUGUGUACUGAAUGACAGAGGGUGGGGCAGGGCACAACCCGCAGCAUAGCCAAAUCGGUGUACAAGGAGAAGCCAUGUCACCAGAGGUCUACACACGAGUGUGUGCACACGUGUGCAGGCUUAUGUGUCCCACAGACAGUGGGGGGGGGGAACCCGACCUCUGUGCAGCGUGGGUGGGUGGGUGUUGCACACAGAGGAGCCACACGGUAAUGGGGAUUGUGAGUGUGCUCGUGUGUGUGCAGAUGCACACCUGCUCCAGCUUACAGUGGGAGCGCUGGGGUUCGGCCAGUCAG